GUUACCACCGCGAUUUAAGUUCCUGACCUCGCCCCUCCCGAACUGUACCUGCUCCUGACUCCGGCGAUCUUUAAUUCCCGACUUCCUUCCGCCCACUUUCAAUCAUCCUCACCCUCACACUGUUAUCCCCCUCUUUCUCCUCAAUUGUCAAUACCCCGUAUCGCAGCAAUAUCGAUUGUCGCAACCGAUUUCGACGUCGUAUUUUAUGACAUCGGCCAUCGUACGCUUACCGCCAUCUUUCCCAUAUCGCGACAACUGUCACCAUCCGACUCCGGCCCACCGCGACUCCACGCUGACGCAAUCUGUUCCCUUGACUGCUCCCUCAAUCAGUCAGUCGCAUCACGCAUUUACGGUCCAGCGCAUCAACACCGCAACAUUUCCACCGCAGAAUCGACCCCAAACUGCUCCUCCACCUCCAAGAUGAAGUAUCUACCCGUACAAGACUUCGAAGCGGUGACGAGCGCGCUGAACUUCAACACACCCGACUGCAGCGUGACCGGUGGAUGCGAUCUCUACACAACGAAAUCAACAGGUUCCGACAAGAAGCUCUACAAAAACAUCGACAACGAUCUGAACUCACAACAUGAAGCCCUUCUCAAGCUCGGCGCCAGCCUAUCACCACCUGAGCGUGCUCACAUGCUUGCUACAUCACCGAGCAUGCAGCUGUUUUCACACUCAAGUGCUUUCGGCCCCUUGUCCGAGCUCUCGAGUCGCAAGACAUUUGCAUACCUUAUCGCGACGCUGAAUGCGAGUCACCCACACUACGAUUUCUCUCAUGUCCUUCGACCCAACGACUUCAAACGCGAGCGAAACCUGCGUCGCGUCAUGGUCAACCUCGAUUCAAUUCUCCAGAACGUAAGACCUAACUUUGAGCCUAAAUCUCUCGGUUCCUCGCUAGGCAGUGAGACAAGCUCGAUAUGGGGGCCCCAAUGCUGGUCACUGAUCGACAAGGAGAUGCACCUCAACGAGUGUACUAUUUUCAGCUACAACCCCGAGAGCGACCCUUUUGAAGAAGACGAGAGUGCAAUCUGGGCUUCACACUACUUCUUCUUCAACCGUACCUUGAAAAGAGUGGCAUAUCUCUACGUCCGCGUCGUGCCAGUUAUCUCGUCUCAUAGCCCAACUCUCCGACCCACAAAUCUGGCCAGGAACCACAGCAACCAACGGGAUCUCGAAUCAGCUGGCGCGCAGAAACGCGCCAACUACUGGCUUGGUGAUCAAGAUGCUGAGUUAGUGCCAUAUAAUGAGGACGACGAGGAGCUCAAUGACGACGGUCUUUUCUGGAAUCGCGGAGAGAACGGAGAUCUCGUUGCCUAUUCAGAUGAAGACUUCGACGAGGAUAUCGAGGAUAUGGACAUGCUCGAUAGCAGUCCUGACAGGUCCAUGAGCGAUGAUGUCGCGGGUCGCAUGGAGAUCUAGGGUCGAUUUGAUCCAAAUCGUCAUACCGGAUCGGUUCUUCAAGAAACGGCCUCUUCGGUUCGAAACCGACCAUCAGCCGCAUUUCUCUGAAUUCAUUAUUUGCUGCAUUAUUUCAACAUUCAACACUAUCCUAAUCUCAACUAGGGUUGCUCGAUACCAACAAAU